GUGGGAAGGCGUCAGUCAGUUCCCAAAUAUUUCCCACCAUUCAGUCCACUUCAGGAUCAGGAGCCCGUCUAUAGAAGAUGAUUAGGGUGUUGGUGAUUCUCUCCCUGCUACAAGUCACCCUGACCUGUGAGGAGACCAUCUAUGUGGACAAUGGUGCAAAGUGGGGCGAUUGGGGUGACACCGAGAUGUGUCCAGUCGGGACCUCCGCAAGGGCUUUCGAAUUAUCGGUGGAACCUUCUCAAGGACAUGGAGAUGACACGGCUCUGAAUGGAAUUCGACUGUUGUGUGCUGAACCCGGCAGCGAAGACAUUAAAGCCAGAAUUACUUCUACAAUGGCAAAGUGGGGAAGUUGGACCGGAAUCCAGUGGUGUCCUUCUGGGGAUCUCAUCAGCUUCUCUCUGAGGGUUGAGCCACCCAUUGAAGGUGACGAUACCGGAGCUAACAACAUCAUGUUCCAGUGCUCCGAUAUGAAGAUCCUUAAAGGAUAUGGCAGUUCCUGGGGCGAUUUUGGAGCCUGGAGUGAAAUCUGCUACACGGGAAUUUGUGGCAUCCAGACCAAUGUGGAGAGACCCCAAGGAAAAGGAGAUGACACAGCCCUCAAUGACGUCAAGUUUUGCUGCUGCUAACAUUAACUACCAAUAAAAUAUAAACUCUAUA